AUGACUUUCUUCUUUGACUUUGUCUUUCUUGCCCCAGCCUUUCUCUUUGUCUUCUUUGGUACAGGACUCGACAUCCUUGUCCUCAUCCUGGUCGAAGGCCUCGUUGUCGUCGUCGUCGUCGUCGUCGUCGUCGUCGUAGUUCUCGUACUGGAUGGGGGAUUGUAUGGUGAUGGGAGAGCGCUUGGUGGUGGCUGUGAAGAUGGUGAUAGUUGUGAGAAUGAGAAUGGAAAGGUUUCCUCCUCAUCCUCCUCCAGUGUGCCCUCUUGUAGGUUGGUGUUCAUUGGACUCGGGUCCGGUUGCGAUAUCGAUGUAUUAGGAAUUAUGAGGUUUGAAAUAGAUGAUGGUUUGAAUGUUGUUUCCAGGGGAGGUGGCUGA